CGGGCGCCGUUGGAUGUUUUCUUCAAUGCUCAAGCGCGCCGAACUCGCGUUGUGUGGAAAAGCGGAAUAGCUCUCUGUUGUUCGUCGUGUGGUUACAACUUUACGUUUCUACGUUCUCCCAUUAUUCGUUCGAUCUUUCCGUAUUUUCGUUUCGGCUUGACAAAUCCCAAAAUUCCCCCCACCCCAAAAAUAACUCGCGUGUUAUCAAAAAUGUUUACAAGAAACGUACAUAUGUUUAAUGAAUAAAACAAGAAAAAGCAUUUAAAUUGCAAAAAAAGUGCUGACGAUUUUUAAUAUCACAUUCGAAAAAGAAGAAAGGCAUUUUAUUACGUUCCGUCGCUUUCUGGUCUGCCAAAAAAGCGAAAAAAUCGAAAAUAAAAGAAAAAGGAGCCAGACAGAGCCAGGGAAUUAUGAAAUUUUAAAGAAAUCCCCAAAAACCCAAGACCAAACAGCCACGAAAUAUGUUUAAUGCAUUAAAAUAAAGGAAACGUGUUUAAGGCGAGUGCAGGCAAGAGGCGAGCAGAAAGCUAUAUACAAACGCGUAUAUACAUAUAUAUAUAAACAAGAUUUACAUUCAAAAUCCCCCAAUACACACGUACGUAUAUUUAAACUGUGGCGGCAACACCAGCAACUGCGAGCUAAAGCGUUCACAAAAAGGUGAUAAUGAUUAUUUCCAAGGAUCUUUUCAUAUUUGGCGAACAAAUUUUUGCAACAAUCAUACCAGAAGGUGGAGCCGCAGCGCUAGCAACCCAGCAGCAGCAACAACAACAACAGCAGCAGCAUCAACAACAGCAGCAGCAACAACAGCCGGCAAUUAUAAAUUCAACAGCAAAAGCAACAACGACGACAGCAGCAGCCUCGUUGGUAAUAAACUCGACAGCAGGAGCAGCUGAACAAGUUGUAGAGGAGUCAUUAAAAGUAGCAGCGGCAGCAACAACAGCAACAACACCAGCACCAGCAACACUACCAGCUAAACAGGAAACAGUUGCAGUUGCCGCCGCUUGUGUUGCUCCUCGCAAGUUGGCAAAAAUUCAAAAAAUUCCAAAGGAACCCGAGGAACUGAAAGCCUCGAAAAAGGCAAAGUGUGAAGCGGCAGCAGCGGCAGUGGCAGCAACUCAUUACGAAAAAAUGCCAAUGAAUUUGAUGAUCGUGGAAAGUGUUGAGACAGUCGAUAUGGGAUCAUCGGACAAUGACAACGAGGCAACGGAGCAGGUACCGUUGGUGAGUGCUAGCCGUCGCAAUCUGGCCAAAAUAGUGUCCGAUUGUCGCCUCCAAAUCGAAGUAGAGCCGGCAACAUCAACAGUGCCAUCUACCACUGCCCCGCCAGCAACAUCGGAUGCGGCACCAGCAGCAACAUCAGUGGCAACCAGCGACUCCUCUGCAUCAUCAUCAUCAUCGUCGUCGUCGUCGUCGUCAUCUUCCAGCUCAACAUCCUCAGAAUUUACGCACACAUCACAGACAACGAUACCAAGUACGGAUAAUCUAACGUCAUCCAAUGGCCUGGCCAAUAUGGGCAAAAGCAUUUUAGUUGAUGCCAAAAGUAACUCACCGGCUUCUUUAUCAUAUCACUUUGAGAAGUCUCCAGUAAACCCGCAGAAGCAGCAUCACAACAUUAACAUAUGCAAUAGCCACCACCCACAUCACCACCCCCAGAUUCAGCCUCAGCACAGCCUGCAGCUGACCUUUCAGAACGUGAAUGUCUUGCACAACGAACGCCAAAUACUUUCCGAUGUGAGUGGAUUUGUCAGUCCCUGCGAGGUCCUGGCCAUCAUGGGUCCUUCGGGCAGUGGGAAGACCACUCUGCUGGACUGCCUCAGUGGACAGAGGCAUAUUGACAGCGGCAGUGUCUUUCUCAACCGCGAACCCCUGUCCAAGAAGUGGCGACGAAGGAUCGGCUAUGUCCUGCAGGAGGAGAUCUUCUUCCCGCAGCUGACGCUCCGCGAAACGGUGGUCUAUACGGCGCUUCUGCGUUUGCCGGAAUCGAUGCCGCGGGCGGAGAAGAUGCGCCAAGUGGACCACAUCCUUGAGGCCCUGGAAUUGGGCUGCUGCCAGCAAACCAAGUUCGGGGACUAUCUCAACAGGGGACUCUCCGGCGGCGAGAAGAAACGUGCAAACAUCGCCUGUGAACUGCUCACCAAUCCGCUGCUCAUGCUUCUGGAUGAACCCACUUCUGGACUGGACAGCCAUUCGGCCAUCUCGCUAAUGAAGGUCCUCAAGCGGUACGCACAACUGGAGCAGAAGACCAUCGUGAUCAGCGUCCACCAGCCUUCGUCCCAGAUGUUCCAUAUGUUCGACAAGCUACUCCUGCUCCACCAAGGACGCACCGCCUACUUUGGGGAUGUGCACAAUAUCUACCGCCAUUUCGAAGACAUCGGGGUCACCAUCAAGCCGCACUACAAUCCUGCCGAUUUCGUGUUGGAACAACUGAAAUCCCAUCCGGACAUCCGCGAGAAGCUCUUUAUAGCCGCCAAGGAGUCGCACGGAAACUAUCUGAACCGGAACUGCAUCACCAGCAGCCAGCACCACCAGGCCAGCGAUACGGAGGCGAAGGGCAAGAAACAGCCGGACAGCAUUCUGAUCGAUGAUAUUAUAAAUAAUUACUAUAACCACCGAUCCAACCGGCACCACCACCAGUACGAGAACCUUCACCACACGAGCAAUGGCUGCCAGGUGGAGGAGGAUGAGGAAGCGGCCCAGCAUUUGGUGUGGUGUGGUGCCGACUCGCAGUCCAACUUCAGCUCCUGCGCCUCCAGCGACUGUCAUUCGUACAGUGCGGGCAGUGGAGCGGGACAUUCAGGAGAUGACGACUGGCUAUCCUAUCCCACCAGCUUCCACACCCAGUUCUGCGUCCUCUCUAGCCGCAAUUUCAGGGAGGCUAAGCCGCGAAUGCUCUCCAAGCUCAACUGGUUUCAGACCAUCGGACUGGCUCUGAUGGCAGGAGCCAUUUGGUUCCAGCUGCCGAGAACCGAGGAGUUCCUGCAUGACCUCCAGGGAUGGAUGUUCUUCUCGCAAACCUACUGGAUGCUCUUUGCCCUCUUUGGGGCCCUCAAUUCAUUCCCCUCGGAGCGAGAGGUGGUGAGCAAGGAACGCCGCUCCGGGGCUUACAGGCUAUCCGCCUAUUACCUGGCUAAAAUGUGUGCCGAGCUGCCCUUGGUGAUCACCCUGCCCACGGUCUACCUCAUGAUCAGCUAUCCCAUGCUAGGGUGCACUAGCCUAAAGCUUUUCUUCCUGAUGCUCAUCUUCCUGUUGAUCAACACGAUCGUGGCCCAGAGCGUGGGCUUCUUCAUCGGAGCCUGCUGCAUGGACAUGAACGUGAGCAUCACCCUUAGCGCCUUGUACACGCUGGCCACCCAGCUUUUCGGCGGAUACCUGUCUUCCCGCAUUCCGGAGGGGCUCAGCUGGAUACGGUACACCUCCAUGAUCCACUACGCCUAUCAGAACAUGCAGAUUCUCGAGUUCCGCGAGGGUGCGGCUAUAGGAUGUGGAUCGCCCAGCAGCUACGAGAUUUGCAAAGAGCAGUCAACCGAAUUCAUUCCAUACGAGGAAAUACUCAAAGCCCAAAACUCGACAUCACCGCUCUGGCUGAAUACGCUGAUCCUGAUGAUGUUCUUCCUGGUAUUCCGGUGCCUGGGAUACGCGGUGCUGCGCUACCUGCGAUGCCCCAAAAAGACGUGAUAUCUAUAUCUAUCUAUAUAUCUAUCUGAGCAGACAUCGAACCAGUGAUACGUAAUUAGUUAAUGCUAACCAUUGCUACCCCGCUACAACAGAACAAACUUGCUAAAUUGCGCCAAUUUUGUGAUUCAAUUUACUACCAAGCCACACCAUUUAGUUUAGUAACUACAACUACGAUUAUCCUUACACCUACUCUAGAUGUGGUUUGCUAUGGGGCAGUGCGAGAGAGCUGUUUCGUGAGCACUUACCUUUGUUUUGUUUUAUGCAUUUUAAUUGUUAGCCGUUUAUGUUAUUACUCGCUAGUUUGCCGCUGAAGCACAGGAGAGGGAGAGAGAGGGGAAUGCCCUACUAUUUGUUUUAAUGUACGUUUUAAAGUUCCCAAGAAAUAAUUACAGCUGUCUGCCCUAUUUCCACACAACCCACACCACCCACAUCCCCACGCACAUAUGCAUAUAUAUUGUAUGUUUAAUAUGAAAUGCUAGUAAUUUUGUAGAAUAUUGCAAAUUUUUUUCGCUUGGGAAAAAACACUGUGAUUUAGUAUGCUAGUUUUUUAAUUAGUUUUAAAUGGUCAGCGCCGGUGAAAGGUGCUCGUCCGGAGAAAUGUAAAGCCAAUUAUGUAAUUAAUAAUGAAAGAGAUCGGCAUCAGAAUGCAUGAGCUUAGGGCGUAAAUUGUAUUUUGUUUAUAUUAUCUAAUUAUAUGUAAUUAAUCUUAUUUAAAUAUACAUGAAAAUGUAAACUGAGCUCCUG